ACUGAAAUGUGAUUGUUGAGAGCGGGAAGAACCAUGGGGAUAACCGAGUGAACCUAAACAACCGUCGGAAGAACGUAUGUCAGCAGUAGUAGUCACCAGUUUAACCAUGUGGCAUACUGGGAUACUGGUCAAUGAAUCUGUGUAGUUGGGAAACUUAGCAUUAGCUGUUGCUAGGCAGACAGUAAUGACAGAAAAACAGUGAAAUACAUUUUCAACAGUGUGUUAGUUGUGAGUGACAGCACCUUAGCUGACAUGUCUGUGAAGCAGGGGCAGAGGAGCAUGGCUGCAUCCUCAGUGGAGUACACCAUCGGAGGGGUGAAGAUCCACUUCCCCUGCAAGGCGUACCCGUCCCAGCUGGCUAUGAUGAACUCAAUUAUACGAGGGCUGAAGAAUGGGCAGCACUGUCUACUGGAGAGUCCCACAGGAAGUGGAAAGAGCUUGGCUCUGCUAUGCUCAGCUCUGGGCUGGCAGCAGGCUCACCUCGCUAAACUACAAGACGGAGCAAGCCUUAUGGAGGACAAAAGCCAGUCAGAUAAAAACUGUGGAGACUGUAAGAAGCCAGAUGUUCCCACUCCCUGUCAGUGUGUGUGUCACAGCAGAGCCAGCAGCACCACGACUACAGCAGCAGCCGCAGCAGCAGCAGCUGAUGUUGUGGACCUCACUGAGUCGCCCUGCAAAGACGCACCUGAACAUACGGAAUCACAGCCCAAGAAACCGUCUAUAGCUUCUCGUCUGUCCGAGAAGUUCCAGUCCUCCCUGAGCUCUGACCAGGACAAGGACGAUGACUUCCAGCCAGACAGGAAACGCAUUCGCUCUGUUGAACACAAGAGCCGUAAAAGGCAGCGUCUGGACAAAGGAGUCAUAUUCAUAGAUGAUGAGCUAGAUCCAGAAAAUGAACCUUCUGGUCCUAAGAGUUGGACCACAGAACCAAACAGCCAAGCAGCAGGAUUGUCCUCAUCUUUCUGCAACCCUGAACCCUGCUCCCGGUGCUCGUGUGCUUCACCCAAAGGGGACGUGAAGGCCAAAGACAAAGAUGGCAAAAAGAAGAUUCCUAAGAUUUUCUUUGGCACUCGCACACACAAGCAGAUAACUCAGAUCGCCAAGGAGCUGAAGCGCACCGUUUACUCCAGUGUGCCCAUGACCAUCUUAUCCAGCAGAGUUCACACAUGUGUCAACCAGCAGGUGGCGCCUCACUCCAACCGCAAUGAACGCUGCAAGGAUCUGCUGGAAGCCAAAGAUGGCAGGUCAUGCAGCUACUACCAUGGUGUCCAGAGGAUGCGGGACCAGAACACACUACAGCGGGUCCACGGACUCCAUGAAGCCUGGGACGUCGAGGAUCUUGUUUCACUGGGCAAAAGGCUCCGGGCGUGCUCCUACUAUGCUGCACGUGAACUUAUGCAGGACGCCUACAUUAUCUUCUGCCCAUAUAACUACCUGCUGGACCCCAUGAUCAGAGAGAGUAUGGAGAUUGACCUGGAAGGCCAGAUUGUGGUGCUGGAUGAGGCCCACAACAUUGAGGACUGUGCACGGGAGAGUGCCAGCUUCACUUUUGACUACAGCACUCUGGUGUUGACCAGGGACGAGCUCGACGGGAUGGUCAACAGCAACAUCAGACGCUCACAACACGAGCUACUCAGGAACUUCUGCUAUAGCCUGAUCAACUGGAUCCAGGAGAGCCAGAGCCUGCUGUCUGAACGGGGAUAUGAGAGCUCCUCUAAAGUCUGGACUGGGAGGGAUAUAGUGGAUAUCUUUCAUAAUCUGGGCAUCACUGCUGGCAGCUUCAGCAUGCUGAAGCAAAGCCUGGUAGCAGUGUUGGAGAAAGAGGAGCGUGUCGGUGUGGUCAAUGGCAAAGAGGAUAUGGUUCAGAUCCCAACCAUCAGCACAGCUAGCUCCACUUUCCUCAAAAACCUCUUCAUGGUGCUGGGCUACAUCUACUCCUCUGAGGACCAAUACAGGUUUGCUGAGGACUACCGAGUAGCUCUGCAGAAGAGCUUCGCUUGGACCAACCAGGUCCCCCCUGAUGUGCCUGAUGCACAGGGCUAUUUUGUUGUACCACGCCGCAGACAAAGACAGAUCAUCCGAGUCAAGGCAGAAGUCCUGACACUGAGCUUCUGGUGCCUCAACCCUGCUGUGGCCUUCUCCGAUUUGAGAAAGUCGGUGCACAGCAUUGUGCUGACAUCAGGAACCCUGUCACCCAUGGGCUCCUUCUCCUCUGAGCUUGGGGUGAAAUUCUCCAUCCAGCUGGAGGCCAACCAUGUCAUCAACAAGUCCCAGGUAUGGGUGGGCACUGUUGGUGCAGGACCCCAAGGCAGAAAACUCUUAGCCACCUUCCAACACACUGAAACGUACGCCUUCCAGGACGAGGUGGGUGCGCUGCUGCUGCAGGUCUGCCAGGUCGUGGCCAAGGGUGUGCUCUGCUUUCUGCCUUCCUACAAGAUGCUGGACAAGCUGCGAGACCGUUGGGUUAACACUGGUCUCUGGGAGAAGCUGGAACGACAUAAAACUGUGAUCACAGAGCCUCGCGGUGGUGGCAAAGGAGACUUUGACGAACUGCUUCAGACGUAUUACGAUGCCAUCAAGUACUGUGAAGGAACAGGCGAGAAUGAUGGUGCGCUGCUGAUCGCAGUCUGUCGGGGUAAAGUGAGUGAAGGACUAGACUUCACUGAUGACAACGCCAGGGCAGUGGUCACCAUUGGAAUUCCCUUCCCAAACAUCAAAGACCUCCAAGUGGAACUGAAGAUGAAGUACAACGACCAACACUGCAAAUCCAGAGGUCUUCUCCCAGGCCAUCGCUGGUACGAGAUUCAGGCUUACAGAGCUCUGAACCAGGCCCUGGGAAGGUGCAUCCGCCACAGGAAUGACUGGGGUGCCCUCAUUUUAGUGGAUGACCGUUACAGGAAUAAUCCCAAUAAGUACAUCACAGGUUUGUCCAAAUGGGUCCGCCAGCUCGUCCAGCACCAUGACACCUUCAACAACGCAAUGCAGUCUCUGGUAUCGUUCUGUCAGGUGCAGCAGAAGGCCGAGGCGGCUCCUGCAGACAGUCAGACACUCAGCUCCACUGUCUCAUCUCCAAACGGGGAGGGACACGGUCUGCCCAAGGCCGCAGAACCUCAGACGCCCCACUCAUGUGUGAGUGAACAGUCUGAGCCCCAGAAGGACACAGGGAGCCCCUCUACAAUCCAUUUCUUUUCUCGUACACAGUUGCAAGCUGAACAAAAUGAAAAAGCAGGACGGUUAAAUUCAAUGCACAGUGCACCAGCAGAGCAUCAACAAAGAAGAAACAAGAAGCCUGUGUACUCUAUUUUCAACACCAGUACCAUCAGCUUCAAGAAGCCAAUCUUUAAAGAAAAAUCACCCAGUAAUUUUAGCCACUACUUGGAAACCUCUAAUCAUUCGGAAAACAGGAAACAGCAGAUCUCCUAUCCACAAAAUAUGUCUGAGGCAACUUGUCUUCAACAGGGGGCUGGAAACAGUUCAAGUGAAACCAAAGUGGGAGCACACAAUCAAGCCCCGGAGCCUUCCCCAGUAACAACCCCUCCCGGCUAUGAAAGCGAACUGCCCUCAGCAGACAGUCCAGACCCAGAUGGAGAGGAGGAGGACCAAACUGUCUUCUAUACGCCAGAACUUUUCGAGGAUGAUGGGAGCGAAAGCAGCCCACAGAAAGAGGUGAAGAAGUCACCUUCCAGGGUGGGUUCAGAGGCAGAGAGUCCUGCCCUGCUAUCAGCAGAACCUCAUGGUUUGGAGCAGGCCCAAGGGCUAAGGCAAGCUUUUGAUGGACAGAGUGCUAUUUCAGUUGGUAAGGAGAGCACAGAGAAGUCUCAUGAACAGGAGGAAAUUAUAGCACAAGAGCAAGUUCAGGGGGAGAACGAGCAGGGGGAGAACGAGACAGGCAGGCUACGCAGGUUGUCUCGGUCCAGGCAGAAAGCUUCCUCCAUUCCAACAGGUGCAGGCUGUGAAGCCAAGAGAGUAGGGGAGGUCAGUCUUCAGCAGCUGGACGCCAUGAGCAGCCAGAACAGGACUGACGAGGCCAGAGCAGAUCAUGAGUCCAAGGCAACGAGACUGGAUCUGAAGAGAAGAUCAUCCAGAUCCAAACCCAGAGUCAGAGUACACUGCUUUAAGAAAGGCAUAGAUCCAGACAAUGUUGAUCAGGUUCACCAUGCUAGCUGUAUUUCCAGCCAAGAGACAGAACUAAUCUUAAAACCGAGUGUAAAGGACAGAGUCAGUGUGUCAGGAGGGAAAUGCAGCACUCUUAACAAAGUGCAGACUACACCUGGAAGAUCCAUAAGAACUGAAUUUGACAUUGUGACUCCCAAAAAUGAAGACAGAGGGGGUCUGCAAGGAGCUGGAGCAGCAGGUGAUGGUGCAGAGAGUCAGCACACCAAACCAAAAGCUUUAAUAGUGCAGAGAUUUUGCAGGAAGAACCGCAGGAGAUUGAUCCAGACCUCUCCAGACAGAAACAGAGUCACAGAUCAGAAGCCAUGCUCUUUGGGAAUCUACUGCUCCAUGUGUGAGCAGGAACUGCUCCCUGUGGCUCAUGGUGCACUACGACGUGAUGUCUGUGAGUUUGAACAUCUGGCCUUUCUGAGAAAAGACAUAUGCCGUCCUCCAGCCUCGACCCGCCACUGCCACUGUGCACCACAUCUCUCAUCAAUUUCAGUCAGUGCAGGCUCGCUGCUGGUGGUCCAGAGUCUCCCAGCACUGAAGGCCCUGAGGAACGCUCUGCAACCCUACUGGGAUCACAGUUUAUCUGUGUAUAAUGCUGUCUGGGAUCCUGAGGAAGGUUCUGUUAUCAGAUUCCUGCAGUGCAAAGGCUGUUUGUCCCAAAGCCACAUAUCAUCUGCAGCUCUAAUGGCAGCAGAGGUUCAGUACCCUGGAGACACGGCUCAAGAUCAGAUCUGGCUGUCCCCAGCAGCAGUCCAGUUCUGCUCUCUUCUCCACAUUUAGAGCUGAAGCUGAAACAGGAACAGAGUGAAGAGGUCAAUAACAGCAGAAGAUCUGCAUAUAUAUUCUUAUUUUUUUGGUGCUGUUAUACUGUAAAAGCUACACUUAUGGAAUAUGACCUAUGUGUAAAUCUGUGCACU